CCAAUAUAUAUAUAUCAACCUUCCUUUGUCAACUUAAGAACAGAAAUGACAAAGGAAUUGAGCGAUAAAACCGAGGUGAGUGUGGGGUUGGAAGCCCUGUGGCAAGCAUUGUCAAAGGAUUUGGCAGCGACGAUUGUAAAGGUUAUUCCGAAUAUUGUGAAAGAUGCGACUGUGGUGGAAGGUGAUGGAGGGUUAGGCACAAUCUUUCUCUUCAAUUUUUUCUCAGAUGUGAGCCCAGUGAGUUACCAGAAGGAGAAGAUCACAAAGCUUGACGAGACUUGUCAUGAAAUUGCGUUGCAAGUGGUUGAGGGAGGGUAUCUGGAGCAAGGUUUUUCAUACUACAAGACAAGUUUUCAACUAUCUGCAAUGGGAGAGGAAAAGACUUUGGUGAAGGUUAAGGUCUCUUUUGACUCUGAGUCUGAGACAGCAGGCAGUGUUCAACCUUUGAAGACAGCAGAGUCUGUUUUAUCCUUUGUGCGAUGCCUUGAAACAUAUUUGUUGAAUGAUGCUUGAAUUGAAGAAGAUCUUUCUUUCGGCAUCAUGGCUUCAAUGUUUUGGCAUCAAUUAUGAAGGGUCCUUAUGUUAUGCUUUUUAAUGUUUGAAUAAUGUUUUAAUGUUUUGUGUUUAAUCAAAAUAAACUUUUGUUGGGUUAUUUGUACUAGAAUCGCACUUAACCAUGCCAGAAACCUUCGGGCAUAUAAACAUAAGAGUUGUUGUAUUGUUUUUCGGUAAAAGACUGUAAUGAAAUUAUUUAAUUUGAUAGGU